CCCCCCUUCCCCUCCCCGCAGGUGGGGCGCUCGCUGCGCCGCGCCACGGCUGGCAGGGGCCCCUGGCUCUCGCUGCAGUUGGGGGGUGACACCCUGGUCCUCGUCUUUGACUCAGCCGACCUGGAUGGAGCUGCCGUGGGGCUGAGCGACGCCGUGAGCUGCCAGCGGGGCCUGGCUCCCGGCGCCGGGGCGCUGGUGCUGGUGCAGGAGGCUGUGGCUGGGGCGCUGCUGCAGCGGCUGAGGACGCGGCUGGGGAAGCUGCGUGUGGGGGACCCGCUGGACAAGGCCAUGGAUGGGGGGGCUCUAGCGGACGAAGCCCAGCGGGGCACCACAGAGACCUACGUGGAGGAGGCCCGGGCAGAAGGGGCUGAGAUCUUCCAGGCGUGGGCAGCGCUCCCGGCCCGAGGGCCCUUCUACCCCCCAACCCUGAUCACCGGAGUGGCCAGCACCUCGCGCUGCGUCCGGGAGCAGAUCCUUGGGCCGGUGCUGGUGGUACUGCCAUUCCGGACCGCCAAGGAGGCCGUGGCGCUGGGGAACAACCGCCCCUCCGGGCUGGCAGCCAGCGUAUGGACCGAGAACCUGCCCUUGGCCAUGGAGGUGGCGCAAAGGUUAGUUCUGAGCCCACAGUCCAGCUCCAGGAUCCGGCUCCCCCUGCCCCACCCCAUGAAUCCGCUCCCAGAGCCGCAGGGAUCCGGUUCAGAUUUCCAC